UUAGAGUAGCUCGGUAGUCCGGCGAGGUAAUCGACGCUGUCGUAAUCGGGCAGCAGACGUUGGCACUGUAAGCUCACCGAGCAGUUCGAGCGGCAGCUGCCAGCAUCGCGCCACGAUUCGUAAGCGACGACCACGGGUUCGGAAUAUUUGGCAACGGGCGCAGAAACCUCGUUCCCCUCGGCUUCUUCCACGCGUCAGUUUCCCGGUUCGUUGUCUACGCGAUCGUCCACCCGACGCGCGCGAAUUCGCAGCCGGUGAAACCGAUUUUCGCGACACGCCAAAAGGAUUCCAGAACCACCCCCUAACUUUAAUCGGAGGAUAAAAGAGUCGAGGAUGGCGUCCAACCGGAAUAUACGAGAUUGGCUGACGUGCAGGCAAGUGCUGAACAUCAUGGUCAUCCUGGGAUUCAUGUUGAAUUACAUGUUACGCGUGAAUCUGACGAUCGCCAUCGUGUCGAUGGUGACUCCCAGCAACGACACGUCGCAUCCCAGCGGACUGCAUCCGUCGAGCGAUUGCGACGGUCGAAGCAUCGUCGUUGCUUCGCUGGACAAUGCUACGACGAUCGCCAAACAACCACCUACGACCUCCAUCAUCCCCGACGCACCGAAACACGUACGCCUUGUCUUUCGUUUUUCGUUACUCGAUCCAAGCAAUAACGAUUCCGUGUUACCGCAGGAAGAGUUGGAGCAAACGAGGUAUCCGUGGAACGAGUACGAAGUAAAUCUCGCAUUGGGGAGCUUCUUCUGGGGCUACAUAUGCACGGAGCUGCCAGGUGGAAGACUCGCGGAAGUCGUGGGCGCGAAAAGAGUGUUUGGAUACAGCAUGCUGGUGUCCAGCGCUAUAACGUUGUUCACCCCGUUGGCAGCAAGCUACGGUUGCGUAGCAGUCGCUGCUCUGAGGGCCGUUCUUGGAUUCAUGUUGGGAGCUACUUGGCCCGCCAUUCAACCGAUGACCGCUCGAUGGAUUCCGCCGAACGAGCGCAGCAAGUUUGUCGCCAACAUGAUGGCUUCGUCGCUCGGUGCUGCAAUAACUAUGCCAAUUUCUGGAUUCCUGAUCGCCUCGUUGGGAUGGGAAUACGUAUUUUACGUAACUGGAAUCAUCGGUCUCGCGUGGAGCAUAGCCUGGUUUCUUUUGGUAUUCGAUUCUCCCGCCCAGCAUCCCAGAAUCUCCAUGGACGAACGCCGAUACAUCGAACAAGCGAUCGGCACGACUUCCACGAACAAGCGUCUACCCGUUCCAUGGAAAUCUAUUCUCCUUUCGGCGCCUGUUUGGGCCAUCAUAAUCACUCACGCGUGCAGCGUUUUCGGAUAUUUCACCGUCGUCAAUCAAUUGCCCACUUACAUGAAGUACAUUUUGAACUUCAACAUUAAACAGAAUGGACUGUUGUCGUCGUUACCCUACCUCGGUAAAUACAUCUUCGCCGUGGCCAUGUCCUCGUUGGCCGACUAUCUGCUCAGGAAGAAGAAGCUGUCGGUAACGGCAAUUCGAAAAAUUUUCACCACCUUUGCCGUGAUGAGUCCAGGACUGUUGAUGAUCGUGCAGGCUUAUCAGGGAUGCGAUCGCGUAGCGUCGGUGACGAUCUUCACCAUCGCUCUGACGAUCAAUGGCGCCGUGACGGCGGGUUAUCUGGGGAACGGUUUGGACAUCGCGCCCAAUUUCUCGGGAACUAUUUUCGGCAUGGCGAACACGCUCAGCUCUCUAGGCGGAUUCCUAAGCAGCCACAUGGUCGGCACGAUAACGUACAAGAAUCAGAGCUACGCCCAAUGGAGCAUCAUCUUUUGGAUCCUGGCGUGCACGUAUUGCUUCGGCGCGCUGACGUUCGCGUUCUUCGGCACCGGGGAGUUGCAGAAAUGGAACAAUCCGUUGGAGAGUGAGAAUCAAAAGAGAACGAACGUCGAAAGUGUUUUGGACCACCAAGAAUCCGUGCCCUUGAACGGCAAAACUAUCUCCUAACGAAACGGUCGCGAACGGUAGAUCGAAUUUUAUUCCGCCGAUACCGGAAGUAUUCGCGUUCGCCAAACGCUAGGUAAAAUCAAAGCUAGACAAUUGUAACUGUAUUAGAAAAUGUUCCUCUUUCCCGUACGCUUACGAAACGGCGUUCGUAAUUUAUAGACGAUCGUUACCUGAACGAUGACGUACAUUUUUGCUUCUGCGUUGUAUUAUGAAUGGAACAGCGAAUACCUAAUCUGCGUUCGGUGAUGCAAGAUGCUCGUUUAGAAUAACGAUAGUUAGUUGACCGUGGCUCGGUGCCAUAUCUGGCCACCUAUCAAGGGAAGCCUACUUUCUCGAAUUCUCGCGUGUUUUCUUUCCCGUCUCGGAACGAGUGGGCAGGGUGAACGAGACACGGACACCUAACGCCAGGUAUGCGACGCGAACGUGACUUUUAGGAGCGUCGAGGAAUUUGUCUUUCGUCGGUCUGCCAAAUUCCCAUUGCAGCUUUUAUUCGUUUAUGGGCAGAUAAAACCUUCGAUCACAAUCGCGACCCGACACGACUCGAACUUCCUUCGCACGCUACCAAUAACGUAAUUACCAUAUCCGUAAAUCGAGGAAGUAGUUUUCGGAAAUUAUGUAAACAUUGUUCGUCGAUGCGGUAACUCGCGUGUUUGUUUAUUUUAUUCGAACGUAUCUUUUCGUCCAUGCGUGUUCAAAUUAGGUGGCUCGUUCUCUGAUCGAUAGCGCCACGGCGACCAUAAUUGCAUCUCAGGUCGAUGCAUUCGCUUACCAACAACCGAUAAUACGAUUAACGAGCAACUUUCUCAUCGAGUUAUCGCCAAAUUUUGAUACACUGUGUACCCACGGUAUCGCAGCAGCAGCCAGCCCCCCCCCCAGGGGAAAAUUAUUUCAAUUUUACGCGACGUCGCUGUUCGACUGUUCGACAAUAUGAUUUUAGCCAUCGCGUAUAGCAACGACGAGAAAGAAACGGCGACUGUGGCGAAGGUGAGAGACUGUGCGCGAGAUAAGGGACGGUAAAACGAGACAGAAGAGACGCCGACGACCUCAGGACUUAGCGCGUAGAAUGCAAAGCAGAGAAAGCACACGGAACGGCGCGGCGCAUCCGCGUCGCGAUGACCGGCGUAGGGGCGCCGCGCGUUGCGGUGAUGUUCGCCGUGACGCGUGGCGCUGCGGCGCUCCACCGACGUGCCAGGAGAACAGACGAACGCGGAGGUGAACGUGUACCGAGAACACGAUCUCCAUCUUGGUGCUGUUCUCCGUAUCGAAUCCGCCCGUUUGUUCGUCUCCUCGUGGAAAUAUUGCCUCGCGUUCGCCGGCGACUCCGCUUACGAGACCGUUUAAAAAACCGACGCGGACAACACCUUCGAAACGUAAGGAAAUAUCCUGACAUCCGGCCCCGACCUUAACGCGAUCGAUUCUCUUUCGCGAACGCCGACACCACUUAGCGAGAAGUAACGCGUCGUCGCGCGCGGAACGUUUUCCCAACGGCGCGCUUUCCAACGUUUCGUUGUCGAAACAUCUGCGUCCGAUUUGGAACAGGGUCGCAUGAAAGCGUCCGUGCCGAAGCGAUGGCGUCCAGCUAAACGUGUUCGGUGGAAAAGGUAGGGAACUGGAGAACUCGUCGCGAAUUCGACGCGUCCGAGGGGUUUCGGGCAUCGAACAGCGCGGAAAGAUAGCCGGUGGAUUAUCAUGCAUGUGCAUGUUCGCGAAAGAAAGCUUGUAAAGCUGAUUAAACCUUAGUUAAUCACAGCAAAGCAGGAGAACAUCGGGUCGCAAGAGGCUACGCUGCGAGGUACGACCACCUCGUUAACCUGUUUCACUGAUAAACGUUUUAUCUAGCGGGCGGUCCCGCGCGGCAAACUCUCCUCGAGCUCACCUCCGUUCUCCUUUUGAUCUCCGUUCCUCUCCGACAUAGCGAUUGAAGCCGGUACUACGGUCCGCGAAUUCCUCGCGUUUUCAGAUAAAUUAAUCCCGAAUCUACCCCUUUUCUGCUGGACCAGCGACGUAAGAAACAGUCGGUAGAAAUAAAAAUAUUUGUACAAUAACGUGUAGAAAGGUAUGUAGCGUUGUAGGACGAAUUUAAAUCCCUCGCAAAACACUAUUAAUGUGUUUUCGCGAAAGAAAAUGGUUGCCCGUUGCUGUACCAAACGGAUUAACUGUUUUCUCGGUCCAAUCUCCUCUUCGAUCGGCAUUAAUACGAUACGGGUGGUGGUUGUUGGUUUCUCGACACGGAGUUUCCUUGCGCGUCAUGUUUCCUGGAUGUCUCGCGCGCAUUCAACAUCCAUCGACGUGGACGCCAUUUGUCUCGUCUCGCUUGCUGAAUAUUUCUCCUUAAUUUUAUUUAGUUUAAUGCUUCGAGAAAUUCUCUGGAAUAUCUAAAAAUUUAUUUUCUAGACACUCUAGAAUUGCGAGGAGGCCAGAGCGAUUCAGGUAGAAACUCCGAAUAUGUUCUUAUUGUCCUCGAAAUAACUAUUUCGGUAAUUUCCCUGUAUUUUAAUGUCAUUAUGGCUUCGUAAUUGCUGUUUGGCGUUCAUGCAGCUGCGACUAUCUUCCGAAUAAGCCAAAUAAAGUAAUAAUGGUUGACGUUACGUUUUGUUUAAGCAACGCAGAUUUAUGCAACUUUCAG